AUGGCGUCCACCGACCCGCGGAAGAUUGCGGAGGUUCGAGAUGUCCACCGGCUGGAACGCAUCGGCGCCCACUCCCACAUCCGCGGUCUGGGCCUGGACGAUGCCCUGGACGCCCGCAUGGUGUCGCAGGGCAUGGUCGGGCAGAACGGCGCCAGGCGCGCGGCCGGGGUGAUUUUGUCCAUGAUCCAGGAGGAAAAGAUCGCAGGCAGAGCCGUGCUCAUCGCCGGCCAGCCGGGAACUGGCAAAACCGCCAUUGCCAUGGGCAUGGCGAAGGCUCUUGGUGAUGACACGCCCUUCACCAUGCUCGCGGGCUCCGAGAUCUUCUCCCUGGAGAUGUCGAAGACCGAGGCCCUGACUCAGGCCUUCCGAAGGUCCAUCGGCGUGCGAAUACGCGAAGAGGCGGAGAUCAUCGAGGGCGAGGUGGUGGAGAUCGAGAUCGAGCGCCCGGCGAAUGGCCAGGCGGCCACGUUUGGGAAGAUGACCUUGAAGACCACCGAGAUGGAGACGAUGUACGACCUGGGGCAGAAGAUGAUCGAGACCAUCCAGAAGGAGCAGAUCCAGGCUGGCGACAUCAUCACCAUCGACAAGUCCUCGGGCAAGAUCUCGCUGUUGGGCAGAUCCUUUGCGAGGUCGCGGGACUACGACGCCAUGGGCCCGCAGACGCGCUUCGUGCAGUGCCCCGAGGGCGAGCUGCAGAAGCGGAAGGAGGCGCGGCUCGGGGAGCCGGCGGUGCGGUUCGGCGGCGGGUCGGUGGGGGCCCGGUACUACUUGUCGGACAGGAACCUUCAGAAGGACGACUUCUUCCAGAAGCGCUUGGCGGAGGCUGGGCCCGACGGCUGGAUCGAUGUCUGCCAUUUGCUGGCCUGCAACAAGAUGAAGACGGGCGGGGUGGACACGGCGAAGCUGGUGACCGCGCUGGGCGGCUCGCAGCUGCUGGAGGUGGAGGUCCUUCCGGGCAAGGCGCGGGUGCGGCGCAGGGUGCCCUGGAACGGCAAGGGCAAGGGCAAGGGCAAGGGUCGCAGAGCUGAAGAUCAAGGACCGCCCGUCUAUGACGACCGUGGGCCCUGCGGUUACUUCAUGGCUGGGCAUUGCAACAGGGGCGCCAGAUGCCCUUUGCAGCACAACACCGAGUGGUCCAUGGCGAUCCGUGAGGACUGGCUGGUCCCGGAGAACGCCUCGGCGCGGCGGCGCGUGAAGGAGUUGUCCCAGCAGAUCCUGGGAGAGGAAGCGGCCGGCCUUUUCCCCCGGGUCUUCGCGCAGUUUGUGAAGUGCCGCGGCGCCGAGUCCGCCGAGUCAGGUGCUUUGGAGGACCUCGGCUUCGAAUGGGAGCCUGUGCCGGAGCAGAAAGUCAGCCGCUGGACCAAACCCACGGGCGCCGCGGCGCAAGCCGCGGCGGCGGGAAGCGGAGGAGAAAUCCGCUACUACGCAGUCUUGGACUUCGAGGGCAAGGACGAGGUGAUCGAGUUCCCAGUCCUCCUCUUCGACGUGAAGCAAAGACGGGAGGCGGGCCGCUUCCAGCGCUUCGUGCGCCCGGCCAAACUCUUCCAGGGCUUGCCUGUGAACGAGAAGACCGGGGCCGUGACCUUCGUUGAGGCCUUGAGGGACCUGGGCGCCUGGCUCAAGGAGAUCACCGGCCAGGAUCUGCAGGCGCAGAAGAGCUCCACGGUCUUCGUGACCUGCGGGGACUGGGACUGCAAGCACGUCUGGACCCAGUGCAAGAUCAGCGGCAUCGAGGCGCCCAGGGCCUUCUCCCAGUGGAUCAACAUCAAGCGGAGCUACGCCGACUUCUACGGGAAGGAGUUCCGGGGCAUGAAGAGCAUGCUGGCCAAGCUCAGGCUGCUGGACGCCGAGGGCAACCCCAAAUAUGGCUUCCACCACCUGGGCAUGCACGACGUGGAGAACAUCACCCGAUGCCUGGUACAUCUCCUGGAGACGGAUGUGGAGCUCAAGGUGAACGGCUGGUGGUGA